UCUUUUACCUUGGUGGGAGAACAUAAAGAGAAAUCUGUAAGGAGGUCAACAUUUAGGCAGCUGGGCAGUAGAACAGGACCAGCCUUCUCAGGAAGGAUCAUAUUCCUCUUCCAGGGACACUUCCCUCAGGAGUCUUGACACUACUUUGAGAUCAGUUCCUGCUCUUUAGGCCUCAUGGAGCCAGAAGCCUUAAAAAUAUGUCCUUAUAUCCCAACUCACAAGAUGCCAGCUAGCAGAUUACAGUACCACCUGGUGUUAUGCAAAAAGAAAAAUCCAAACAUAGCUAAAAAGAUGGCUAACUGCAAGUAUAAUGCUUGUCAUGUGGUUCCAAUCAAAAGACUCAAGGAACAUGAGGCUAACUGUGUCUGCAGAACUGCUAUCGAUGAUGAGCCAAUUAAUCUUCCCUUGUUUAUUUCUACAAGUUUGGAAUUAAAUGAAAAACUUUCUAAUGGUGCCAGUCAGAUUGCUGACCCGAUUGUCUGGAAUGUAGGUAACAUGCAUCACUCUUCUCCAUUCAUUCUUAAGACUUUUACUCCAAAACUCCUGGUUUGUGAAAGUGACUCAAGAGACCUAAAAAAAGAGGCUAUGGCUGAUAACAACCCUAGCAACAAUAAAAGACAAAAAAAAAGGUCAGAAAAACUGAUAGAGAAGAGUGGAUUAAAGAAUCAGCAGACCAAAGAUUUAUUUUCCAGUCUUUUUUAAGCUUUAUGGAACUCUUAAUUGUGGAGUGGGGAAUGUAAUUCAGUUGCAGAGUACUUGCCUUGCAUGCAUGAGGCCCUGGGUUCAAGCCCCAGCACAGUAAAAGAAAAAUCUUAACUGUCAAGUUUUAAUGACAACUCUUACUUUGGCAUUUCACCAUGUUUUAAUUUGUUUAAAUAAAGAUAAUUUUUUCUAUCACAAGUUCCAUUUGGUUUCUUAUUC